AUGGCAUCCGUGGCAUCCAGAAUCUUUGCCAUCACCGGUGGCGCAUCCGGCAUGGGUGCCGCCACCGCUCGUCUCCUCGCCCAUCGAGGAGCAGCAGCAGUAGCGAUAGGCGAUCUCUCGACGCAGCACUUCCCCGAGCUCAUUAAAUCCGUCAAAACGAUCAACCCGUCUACCGAAGUGCACUGCACCUCUCUAAACGUGACAUCGUCAUCCGCCGUCGACGAAUGGGUGCGAACUAUCGUCUCGACAUUCGGGGAUCUUCAUGGCGCCGCCAACGUGGCUGGCAUCCCGCAGGCCACGGGAGUUCGCCAGUCGCCUAAUAUUGCUGAGGAGGACGAGGAGACCUGGAAGAAGAUUCUCAGUGUCAAUCUGGAUGGCGUCUUCCACGCCACAAAGGCGCAGGUUCGCGCCAUGAAGGACCUGCAGAAGGGGGAUCGCAGCAUUGUGAAUAUCGCCAGCAUUGCGUCGAUGAUGCAUAGCCCUGAUGUGUUUGCGUAUGGGGCCUCGAAGGCCGCGUGUGCGCAUUUCUCGACCUCCGUGGCGAAGGAUACCCUGGCUUCGGGAAUCAGGGUGAAUGCGGUGUCGCCGGGCGCUACUGUGACUCCUAUGCUUGGAAAGUUCAUUCCACAGGCCAAGACAGAAGAGCAGCUGAAGGAGUCCUGGAAGAAGUGGGGUCUGGAACUAAUUGGACCUGAUGACGUUGCUAGGACGAUUGUCUGGUUGUUGAGUGAGGAUUCGCGGCCUGUAUAUGGAGCGAAUAUCAAUGUCGGGGCUGGGCUUCCUUGA